AUGGCUGAAUCCACCUCUGUUGACGUGCUCCACCACAACGGGGACGCCGACUACCAUUCCCCGCGACCGCGCAAACCCACCAGGAUCGACCUCCUCAAGCCAGCGCUGAGCGAAGAGUCCAUCCGCAAACAGGGCGGCUUCAAGGAGCCUGCGUCUGCUCUCUCGAGUGGUAGAUCGACCCCUAUACCCCCCGAUGCCCCGCCCUCCGUCCACGCCUCGUCCUCUGCGCGACGGCUGAUACGCGCCCAGCACAAGCAGCGCAUCUUCCCUACCGUCGACUACCAGAAUCGCGUCUCGCACUUUGACCCGAAUAGCGACUAUCAUGACUUUCGCGGCUUCUUCGUCCUGUUCUGGAUCGGGCUUGCCAUUAUGGUUCUCACCACCAUGCUCCGGAAUCUGACGGAGACUGGACACCCCUUUCAGAUUCGGCAAAUGGUGCUUUUCCGGGAGAAGGUGGUUGAGCUCGGCCUGGUGGAUUGUGUCAUGGUGUGCAGUACGAUCCCGUCGCUGCCCCUCCAAAGGUUGUUCCUGCAGGACAAAUUGCUGCGCUGGAACACGUACGGCAUGGCCAUACAAAGUCUGUACCAGGCAAUUUGGCUUGCUUUCUGGACUACAUACCCCUUUAUCCGGAAUUGGAGCUGGACGGCCCAGGUCUUCUUCACGCUGCAUUUGCUUGUGAUAUUUAUGAAGAUGCACUCAUACGCGUUCUACAACGGUCAUCUUAGCGAGACCCUGCGGCGUUUGAACGAUCUCGACACGCCUGACAAAGCCAGCAAGAGGGCCGCUGUCCGAUACCCGAGCUCGCGCACCCAUCUGCACGAUGUCCCGCAGUCACCGUCUCAAGACGAGCCGGCGCCAAACGACGCUAAUGCAGAAUAUGUCGGCCAUCUGAGAGAGGAGCUGGCGUUGGAGCUGGCGUCGCCGCUUGGCAACGUUUCUUAUCCCAACAACCUCACCUUUUACAACUAUGUCGACUUUAUCUUGUGUCCGACGCUGUGCUACGAGAUUGAGUAUCCUCGCAACCCCAGCAUCCGGUGGCUCGAGGUGUUUUACAAGACGCUGGCGGUGUUUGGGUGCAUCUUCCUGAUGAUCAUCACUGCCGAGGAGUUUAUCCUUCCAGUGCUCGACGUAUCGGCCUUGCGCCUGGUCAACGCUGACAAUGCCACCGACUUUGCAUUGAUCAUGGUCGAGACAAUUGGCCGUCUGCUCUUCCCCUUCAUGAUCACCUUCCUGCUGGUCUUCCUGGUCAUCUUCGAGUACGUGCUGGGUGCGUUUGCAGAGAUUACGUGCUUCGCGGACCGCCAAUUCUAUGCCGACUGGUGGAACAGCUGCGACUGGCUUGAGUUCAGCCGUGAAUGGAACAUACCCGUGCAUUCGUGGCUUCGGCGCCAUGUGUACAGUGCCUCCAAGAAUCACAUGUCGCGGCCGCUGGCUACGCUGAUCACGUUUGUCAUCUCGGCACUGGCACACGAGCUGGUCAUGGGCUGCAUCACGAGAAAGUUCAGGGGCUACGGCUUUGUUGCCAUGAUGCUGCAGAUGCCCAUUGUGAUGCUGCAGCGGAGCAAAUGGGUGCGGGGCCGCACGCUGCUGAACAACGUUCUAUUCUGGUGCAGCAUGAUCCUGGGGCUCAGUAUGAUGUGUGCCUUGUAUGUGCUCGUGUAG